GACAGAAAACUAGGAGCGCACGCACUCACGGGGUUAUUAUUAAUGGCUGCUAACAGCGCGUCUUGAUCGGAACGCGUCGGAAAUGCUUAAACCCUGAACUCUCGGUGACGCUCCCCGUAGCGCGCCUGGUCGGUCGCUGCGGAAGGUGCUCGGGGCAGCGGAAGGAGCUCGCCGAGCCUUCUCUGUGCACGUGCGUCUGAGCACAGUGCAGAGGGCGCCGGCCAGGUCUCUCCAGCGGGGAGGUGGGGAAGUGGUGAACUGGGAUUGUAGAGUCUGAGUGACAGGCCUGGGCUGUGGCCACAGUGACCACUGGCGUCAGAAGACGGAUUUCGUGGAUCCCUUGACAGAAGGACCGGAGACUCACUGCCUGUGGGGGGCCUGGACCAAGACAGCAGCAGGCCCGCCCUGGAAUGAGCGCGAGCGCAUCUGGGGAACCUUCCAUGACGAUGCCAGGGGACCGUCUGUGGUGAUGGCCCGCCUGUGACAGCACGGUCCAGCAGGGCAGGGUCUUCAGCAGCAGAGCGCACCUGGCCGCUCGUCAGGGAAAGCAGCCGGCCCGUUUCUGAGCAGCCUCCGGGCCGCCGGGGGCUCCCGACCAGACUUCCUGCAGCCUCGGGCGCCCAAGGCCACGUGGGUUGUCUGCCUGGACCUGCUUGAGGUGGCAGACGACAGGGAGCGAGCCGGAGUGACGGUCACCCCAGAAGUCGCAUGCGUGUACUCCACGCUUCAAGCCCGCCAUGGAUGAUGGGUACCGAAACAGCCCGAACCUCUACCACGGAGCGAGGGACGUAGCUGGCGAGGCGGCCAGGCAGUCCUGGAACCAAGGCAUGGAGGGCUCCAGUUACCAGGACGGCUACGAGGGCUACUACCGCGGCAACGAAUCGAACCCGGAAGAAGACGCGCAGAGUGACGUCACCGAGGGCCAUGAUGAGGACGACGAGAUCUACGAGGGCGAGUACCAGGGCAUCCCCCACCCGGACGACGCCAAGGCCAAGCAGGCCAAGAUGGCGCCCGCCAGGGGGGACAGCCUCCGGGGCCGGGCGGACCUGCUGGCCGAGAGGAUGGAAGACGAGGAGCAGCUGGCCCACCAGUACGAGACCAUCAUUGACGAGUGCGGCCACGGGCGCUUCCAGUGGACUCUCUUUUUCGUCUUGGGCUUGGCCCUCAUGGCCGACGGGGUGGAGGUGUUUGUGGUGAGCUUUGCCCUGCCCAGCGCAGAGAAGGACAUGUGUCUGUCCAGCGCGAAGAAGGGCAUGCUGGGGCUGAUAGUCUACCUGGGGAUGAUGGCCGGGGCCUUCGUGCUGGGGGGCCUGGCCGACAAGCUGGGCAGGAAGCGAGCCCUCAGCAUGGCUCUGGCCGUCGGUGCCUCCUUUGCCUCCCUCUCCUCCUUCGUGCAGGGAUACGGAGCCUUCCUCUUCUGCCGACUCCUCUCCGGCAUCGGCACAGGGGGCUCCCUGCCGAUCGUCUUUGCCUAUUUCUCGGAGUUCCUGUCUCGGGAGAAGCGGGGCGAGCACCUCAGCUGGCUGGGCAUGUUCUGGAUGACGGGGGGCAUCUACGCGUCCGCCAUGGCCUGGAGCAUCAUCCCUCACUACGGCUGGGGCUUCAGCAUGGGGACGCACUACCACUUCCACAGCUGGAGGGUGUUCGUCAUCGUCUGCGUGCUGCCCUGUGUCCUGUCCUUGCUGGCCCUGCAGUUCAUGCCGGAGAGCCCCCGCUUUCUGCUGGAGAUGGGCAAACACGACGAGGCCUGGAUGAUCCUGAAACGCGUCCAUGACACGAACAUGCGGGCCAAGGGGGCCCCCGAGAAGGUGUUCACGGUUUCCAACAUCAAGACGCCCAAGCAGAUGGACGAGUUCAUCGAGAUCCAGAGUGCGACAGGAACCUGGUACCAGCGCUGGCUGGUCAGGUUCAAGACCACGUUCAAGCAGGUCUGGGACAACGCUCUGUACUGCGUGAUGGGGCCGUACAGGACGAACACACUGAUCCUGGCUGUGGUCUGGUUCUCCAUGGCUCUCAGCUACUACGGGCUGAUCGUCUGGUUCCCUGACAUGAUCCGCUACUUCCAAGACCAAGAGUACAAGUCUAAGAUGAAGGUGUUUUUCGGCGAGCACGUGUAUGGUGCCACGAUCAACUUCACCAUGGAAAACCAGAUCCACCAGCACGGGAAGCUUGUGAAUGACAAGUUCACGAAGAUGCACUUCAAGCACGUGCUGUUCCGGGACACCGUCUUUGACGAGUGCUACUUUGAAGACGUCACUUCUACUGACACGUAUUUCAGAAACUGCACCAUUGAGUCGACCGUCUUCUAUAACACAGACCUGGACGAGCACAAGUUCAUCAACUGCCGCUUCGUCAACACCACCUUCCUGGAGCAGAAGGAGGGCUGCCACAUGGACCUGGAGGAGGACAACGACUUCCUGGUCUACCUCGUCAGCUUCCUGGGCAGCCUCUCCGUCCUGCCCGGGAACAUCAUCUCGGCACUGCUCAUGGACAGAGUCGGCAGGCUCAAGAUGAUUGGCGGCUCCAUGCUCAUCUCCGCGCUCUGCUGCUUCUUCCUCUUCUUCGGCAACAGCGAGUCCGCCAUGAUCGGCUGGCAGUGCCUGUUCUGCGGGACCAGCAUCGCGGCCUGGAACGCCCUGGACGUGAUCACCGUGGAGCUGUACCCCACCAACCAGAGGGCCACAGCCUUUGGCAUCCUCAAUGGAUUAUGCAAGUUUGGCGCCAUCCUGGGAAACACCAUCUUUGCUUCCUUCGUGGGGACCACCAAAGUGGUCCCCAUCCUCCUGGCCGCCGCUUCUCUGGUUGGGGGUGGCCUGGUUGCCCUCCGGCUGCCCGAGACGCGAGAGCAGGUCCUGAUGUGACCACCCGUGGGGACAGGAGAGGCCGAGAGCAUCGCGGACGCAGCCCCGCUUCCUGCCCUCCCCUGUCCAGCGGCCGCCUCGGACAGCGGGGGGAGUCGGUUUUGUGAAUCCUCGUUUAGGACCCUCGUCGUAUGUCUGUAACUCAGGGGACGGAUUUGGGGGUGCCCUCGCUGCAUCUCGUCUUGGAUCCCCCCAGCCAAGGCACCUGGAGGAGCCUGCAGUGAGGGCACACAUGAGCCUUCCCCCCCGUGAGGGGCGAGACCCUCUUGUGUUUCCAAAUGUGGGGCUGAGACGCGCUGAGCUCCUUCUUGGAGCUCAGGCCGGAGGCUGGAGCCAUCCCGAGUACAGGAUAUAUUUUUGCACUUCGCGGUAUCACCUGUCACAUUUCCCACUUGAAAACUGGCGUGCUAGCAUCGAAGACACCUGAUGUAGAGACGCAGUGUUUGAGCCGUAUCCACAGAGCUUGACUCCGCUCCUGAACGCCCGGCGAUCGGGGCUACACGCAGGGUCGCAUUCUCCCCGUCGUGCUCUGUGGGCGGACACUGAUGGGGUCGGCAGUCCACAAACCCAGACUGUGCGCAAGGACAUGUGGACUGUGUCCCCACACACGGAGUCUGGAACUGUGACAGCACUUCAGCCGUAUUUCGGGAGCACUUGGUGUUGGAGGCCCCGGUCGCUGGGUCAGGUCGGGUGGCACACCAGCCACUUUCUCAAAGCCAUGGCACUUGCUGUCGGCCGGUGCCCACAGCACACUCGCCUCGCACACUGAGCCAGGCGCUUCUCCUUGGCUGCGUGCGGUAACAGCUCAUGUAGGCCACACGGGGACUCCAGCUCAUCCUGGCCCUGGCAUUGGCUUUGCCAGUGGUGUUCAGGUGUUCAGGGAGUGGCCUGUGGCCCUCUGUUUGCAGCGAGGAGAUGACACAGGGGGUGAGGGGGGUUGGGGGGGCACAGCCGGUGUAAACUCUUAGGGUUUUUCUCAGCAGCCAGGCAUGGUCCAUGUUUGCAACAUGGUCAGUUAGUGGGGGACAUCCGCGCCCCAUGUCCUGCUCCAGCUCUUUUGAAAGGCAAGCCAUCAGCAUGGGACGCAGGAAACGUGUAGAUGCCACACGUGUUUUUCUCCAGUGCCCUGAGAAAACUCUGCCCUGAGGUCCAGUUUGGAACCUGCACAGUGGGGUGGGUGGGGGUGAGGAGCCGGGUCAGGCUGCCCCGGCCAGCCUCAGCCAUAGAAGAAGUGUGACUCCGUGGGUCAGGAGCCACGUUUGGUCCAGCGGGGAACGGACGCCGGGCUCCGUGCUCCUGCCGCUCCCUGCAGGUGAGCCCUCCCCGGGCCUGGUGAGCACCGCCCGCAAGGACUCAUGCCGGGAGCUGCUCUGCUCCAGCCACCGUAAAUCGCCACGCUUUCUCUGUCUGGAGCGUGCCGAGCGUGGCCCCUGUGGCAGCGUGGGGCCUCCCCUCCGUGGCUGUCCUGGCGCACUGGUGGGAGCCGCCCCUCCCCUGAAGUGAGGCCAGCGCCAGUUCCGACCUGACACUGGAGUCCCCGUACGUGCGUGUGAACAUGCCCCCGUGUACUGACGUGUCCCACGGCGUGCUGUGGUGGACACUUAGCGUGACGCCAUGUUGACGGCGGGAGCCAAUGUGAUGCGGCUGUCACGCGCUUGCGUAGGCUCACGGGAGAGCCGUGGGCGCGCGGGGUUCCCACCUCCCUCCCAAGGCUGCUCCUCACGAGGCGGCAGAAUGCAGUGUAGCCGCCACUCAAGGAAUGUGCAGCAUGGCCACAGCCUGCGUUUCUGGCUACGAUGCGCCUGUCCUUCUAAAGUCUGACCAUUUCUGAGGGCGGGUGGCGGCCCUGGUGGCUGGGUUGGCUCUGGUUUGCCAGCUCUGACGCCUUGUAGCUCCUGCAGCAGACCCCCGACGGACCGUGGUCAGUUCCACCCGUCCAUCCCGCAGGCCUGUAGAGGGUGCAGCCGUGGUCUACAGCCUUUCCGAGCCAGUGUCACCCGGCACCGGAGCCUGGCCGCUUUUUCACGCUGUCCCACUGAGAUACACGCACCUUACACACCAUCCCUGGGGCAGGUACUGCGGGAGAACGUGCUCCACCCGCCCGUCCGCUUCUUAUUCAUUCCUCGUUGACCUUGAGGAACUCCCGUGGCAUCUGUGCAGGGCGGGACGGAUGGGCUGCCCGCCGGGCACGCCUGCUCCCCGAGCCCAGUUUGGGGGUGUUGCUUUCGGUGGUUUCGACUGUGUUGUGUCAUCUCCUGAUGCUGAGUUUUGGUUUUUGUUUCAUUAAAAAUAAUUAGUGACAGAGGCGUGCCUGUUGGUGAUGUUUCUAGCACGUUUGCCUGAUGUCAUGUAACGAAUAACCCGGUUCCCAGCGCCCCCAGGUGCUCUGUGUUCCUGAAGAAUCACAAUAAACACACCCGCGUGCAAACUGAGGGCUGCGGUUGGAGGCUA